AUGUCUUCGAAUGUGCAGCAUGACAUGCAGGAGAUCCAUGAGCAUUUCGAUCAUCUCGAGGCUCGACUUUCAGCUCUUGAAGGUCUCGACGUGCGAGUCCAGGCCUUGGAGAAGAUGCUGCAGGUCUCUGAGUCCAACGGACGCUUGGCGGAGAUGAGCGUGGCGACAGCAACGGAGGCGCUGGAGAUGGCGGAGGUGCGAUUCUUCUUCGGGGUAGACGAUCUAAGUGAGACCAACGAGCUCGAGUCGGACCCAGCGAGCGAGUCUUCGACGGCCGACUCUCAGAAGAGCAAGUCCACGUAUGACCCGCAGCCGACUCCGGAUUCUUCAGACAAGCUUCGGCGUCGAAUUACGAUUCCGGUCGUGGACCACGUGGAUGAGAAGGUGCUGGAUGUCCAGACGCAGGAGUACUACCGCUUCGGGGAGUCCACGUGGGACCUCUUCCUUUUCAUCGGAACCGGUGCGCUGGGUCCACUGGGCUCCCUCCAAACCUUCCUGCUCGCCGUGGUCAGCAUGUCCAUGCAGAUUGUCUUUACCGGCAUCGCUUGGUACAACUUCCUGACGCCCGAAGUGGACGAAGACACGGUCCGGGACGCGUUCCGCUGGCGUCGCUCCGCCGGCCACGCGCUGACCCAGUAUGAUCCGCUCUCGAAGUCCUCUCUCGCCGAGCGGGUCUGCGCGCUGGACAAAUCCCUGCCGGCAUCCGGCAUCCAGGUCACCCUCUACGAGAACAUCAUCCGGUACAUGAAGCCGGGAGCGGAAGGCUUGGAGUCUUUCUUCACUGGUGAGCGCCUUUGUCUGGUGGCCUUGCUCUGCUGGUACCUGAUGGUGGCCAAGGAGGUGAACCAUGGCCUGGCAUUGCAUCGUGGCAUCAUGGCCACCCCUCUUGGGCCGACCAAAAUCAACAGCCGGGAGAACCCCUUCACGCUCGUCAUGCAUUAUAGGUUGAUCUCGGUCUCCGUGCGGCGGAAGAUCGCCAGCGCCAUCCUCUUGGCGUACCGUCUGCUGGCCGCGGCGGCUCUCAUCUACGUGGGGACCUUCUUCUUGGUUUACACCAUCGACGUCACGGAGCUGAUCCUGAAUGCGGUGGCGUUGGCCAUCAUCCUCGACAUCGACGAUCUGCUCUUCGAUGCUUUGGCCACAACUCCCGGGCGGCACCUGGUGAACCAGAUGGAUCCCUUGCCCAUGAAGUCCUGGCCCCGCGUUCGCGGUGCGGACGUGAAGUCCAUGUCGAUGUUGGUGCUGAUCCCGUUGGUCACGAUGAUUGUCUACUUGAACAUGCUGGCCCCCAUGGUAGCGACCCUCGACAGCGCGAAGGACGCCAUGUGCGGAGGGAACUUGCAGUUCGUGUGGACCACGGACCAGCGCAACGUGAUCCUCCUCAGCCCCACGCAGGGAGACGGCUGGAAAGAUGGGGGCUACGAGCUGCAGUCCAAAGCCGUCGACGAAGCCGAAGUGCUGAGCGUCAGUGAUGCGAACUCUGGAACUUCUUGGGGCGUUUGGCUUGGCAGCGUGGAUGCUCUGACGGAGACCUCGAUCUUACCCUUGGAGCAGUCCGUCGAUGUCUUUAACCCAAGGUGUGCUGACUUGGGUGACACAGAGCCUUUGAGGAACUACCUGCGUGAAUUUUUAGGCAACGAGAGCUUGAUGGGCUGCGACGAUGCUCGGCCCUACUGCGGGUUGAUGGAUGGGAGCAAGGGGAAAGGCUUCGCUGCCCGGAUGCUCUGCUCGGACACCUGCGGCUGCAACGAUCCAGCCGGGGAGGUGAUGCAGAUCGCGGGCUGCCCCUACGGUCUUGGCCGGGCCUGUUGGUCCUCCAGCGGUUUCCUAGAGAGCCUGGAAAGCUACACCUGCGAGGAGAAGUCGGCGGCAGAGCUGCGCAGUGACGAGAGAUGGUCCAGGUGGGUGGAGUCCAUCCGGGCGAUCGGGGAAGCGACGGACACCGAGACCGAGGGAAAGGAGGAAGCCCUCCUCACAGCUCAGGCGAUGUGGGAUCAUGGCUGUGCUUUCGGUGACCACCUCACCGAGACGGGCGUGACGUGGGGGUCCUGCUUUUCUUGGAGAUUCGAUUGGGGACUCAAGACUGUGGAAGCUUUUUGCCCACGCACGUGCGGUUGUGAUUCCGACAAUUUGGACUCUGGCUGCCCAAGGCCUUUGGGACUGGAUUGUGAGAGCCUCGCCGAAGAGUGCAUCUUCGCGAGUGGCAGCUACCACUGCCCUGACAACACCCCACAUUUCGAGGGGACCGUCGAAGUCGAUGUCGACGAUCCGGAAACCUUCGAAGAGUCUUCGCAUUUGGUGACGGAGGCCCUUCGGAGGACCUUGGCGAACCUCACUGGGCAUUCGGUUUUGCCAAACCACGUGCUGAUCAGCGGGUCAAGCAGACGCUUGGCUCUGGCUCGGCGCUUGGCGAAGAAGGACUUCGACUACGUCGUCUUCGUUUUGUCAGAGGCCAACGAAACUUCCGCCAAGAAUGCCCUGGCAGCGGCGACUCCGCCGGACGAAAACGCGGUCUUCAUCCGGAGCCUUCUGGAAGUUGGGGUCCCAGCAGAGGGCGCGGGCUUGUCCAUCAAUGUGAAAGGUGUUGUCAGUAGCAAGACACCACCGUCAUCGCCAACACCGGUCACCAGCAUCACCAGCGUAAGCACCACGGCGACUUCGCUCCCCGACAGCAACGACACCGAUGCAGCGGGCGACCCAUCGACAACCACCAGCACGACGUCGACUUCUCACACCGGAAGCAACGAUACCAGUUUUGCACCAUCGGGCGACCGAGCGGAUCGACCCGAUGCAGACGUCUCCGGCCCAAGGGUUUAG